CGAGCGCCGCGCAGGCCCCCGAGGACCCCGGGUUGCCGGCGCUGGCCGCCGCCCGCUCCUUCCGGCUCCUCCCCGUGGCGCGGAGGACGCGUGAGCCGCGGGGUCCGGAGCCAGCGCGGCGAGGACCAUGGUGCUGCCGAACAUCCUGCUUACCGGUACACCGGGGGUUGGAAAAACCACGCUAGGCCAGGAACUUGCAUCGAGAUCAGGACUGAAAUACAUUAAUGUGGGUGAUUUAGCUCGAGAAGGGCAGUUAUAUGGUGGCUAUGAUGAAGAGUACGAUUGUCCCAUUUUAGAUGAAGAUAGAGUAGUUGAUGAAUUAGAAAACCAAAUGAGUGAAGGUGGAGUUAUUGUUGAUUACCAUGGUUGUGAUUUCUUCCCUGAACGAUGGUUUCAUAUAGUUUUUGUGCUGAAAACAGAUAACAGCGUACUGUACAAAAGACUUGAAACAAGGGGUUAUAAUGAGAAGAAACUAAAUGACAAUAUUCAGUGUGAAAUUUUUCAAGUUCUUUAUCAAGAGGCAUUAGCAUCCUACAAGGAAGAAAUAGUGCAUCAGCUGCCCAGCAAUAAACCAGAAGACCUAGAGGAUAACAUCAAUCAGAUACUGAAAUGGAUUGAGCAAUGGGUCAAAGAUCAUACGUCUUGAUUAAAACGAGUGGCCACUUAACAAUCACUCUUGAUGUAUCUCUGCUCACAUGCUACAAAUUAUCCAAAUAUCAGUAAAACUUCUUUAUUAAAAUUGUGCUGCAGGACUAGUAGAUGAAUAGUAAAAGGUUUAUGUUUAUUUUUUUCUCCAUGAGAAAGCUAAAUAAUCUCAAAUAUAAUGAAUAUAUUAAGACUGAAAGCUGUCAUAAUUUAAUGCUUCAACUGCUAAAGAAUAUAUAAAUCUGACCAAAUGGGUAGGUAUCUUUUAAGCUUUUACAGAGGAAAAUGAAAAUGGUCUCUUAAAUAAUGAUAAAGUAUCACAUUUUACUUUUUAUUUCUUUAAAUUAAAAAAAAUGGAAGUGGUAAUACUUGCAUUUGUAUAAAAUUUGUAAGGGUGCAAAGGGUAUACUGGAAAGGUAGGUUUCCCUUCCAGACCACCCCUGUUCUUCAGCCACUCUAGAACCCCUCCCUUUAGGAAGCAGUGUUACUGGAUUCCUAUAUGUCUUUUUAGAGUUUUUCUAUGUCUGCAAAGCAUGUGUGUUUGGACAUUUUUUUAAGCACAUGGUAGCAUAUCAUGUACACCAUUCUUUAUUUUUUUUCACUUAAUAUAUUUUGAAGAUUAUAUCAUCUCAAAAUAUAUAGAUCUCCCUAUUUUUUUAUUGAUUCAAUUCACAUAUCAAAUUCAUUGAAGUCACUGGUUUUUAUCAUAUUCAAAAGACUGUGCAGCCAUCACCACUAUUAACUUUGUAACAUUUUCAUCAUCCCACCCAAAAGAAGUCCCAUACCCAUUAGCAGUCAUUUCCCAUUUUUCCCUUCUCCCAGCCCUUUGAAAUCACAAAUCUACUUAGUGUAUAUGGAUUUGCAUAUUCUGAGCAUUUCAUAUAAAUGGAAUUUAUCCGGC